AAGCAAAAUCCAGUCUCGUAGGGUAUAAAAGGAGGACCGCGUGGAAGCCAGGGCAAGUAUUCCAGUGGGUUAACCUGUCGGGAUACUUGCCCUGGCUUCCACGCGGGCCUCCUUUUAUACCCUACGAGACUGGAUUUUGCUUCCGAGUUUUUGGCCGAACUACUCAGAAUCUGGCGCCCGCACGCGUGUCGCGCAGUGCCGAUUGCCAUUUUGUGCCGGAUCGCGUAUUGCGACCGCUACAGGUUAAUUAAUAUUUAAUUAUUAAAAAUCCUAUCCAAAAUAUAGGUACACAUUUGUUAAAAACACGUCCGUUAUAGGUCCAAAACAGGUCCAAAAUAGAUCCAAAGUUGGAUGUAUUUUGGACGUCCUAUGGAUCUCUAAAGCAGUGUCAUUUGGACAUCCCAUGGGCGUCCAAUGGACAUUCUACGGGCCUUAAAUGGACGUACUUUGGACGUCCGAAUGUCCAGAUGCGACCGUCCAUUGGACAUCCUGUGGACGUCCAUGUGCUAUCUGGGUGUGAAAGCACCCUAAAGGCUGGUUUAUGAUGGCCGUAACUGUUAACUUAUGCCAGAACCGGUAAAGUUCGAUACUGGGAUUUUAAUGCUUUCGUUCAUAAUGGGUUUCCGGAUGCUGGUGACUUAUGCCUUAACUUUAAAGAAACUCAACUUUUAAGGCUGGUUAUGAUGGCCGUAACUGUUAAUUUAUGCCGAAACCGGUACAGUUUAUAUUGUGAUUUCAAUGCUUCAUAAUAAGUUCUAGGAUCCAGAUGACUUAUGCCGUAAUUGUAAAAGUUAACUCAAAUUUAACUUUAAGGUAAUACGGCAAGAGAUUUUGAAAAGCCUUAUGUCUACAAUGCUAGAGCGCCUUGGUCCAAGUUCUCAGAUUGUAGACAAGUUCUAGUAUUGUAGAAAAUUCACUAUUAUUUUAUAAGCGAAGAAUUGCAAAUACCAGGUGAGUACAUAUAUUAUGAUAUAAUACAAGAAUAUAACAUAAUAAAAAAUAUAUAUAAAUAACAAUGCUUUUACUUGCUGCGACAUAUCUAGCACGAAAAAAUUUUUAAAUCUUGAUCACAGAUAUUUAGUGAAAAUAGCUCUUGUUAGAUAACAAAUAAAACUCCCAUUGUAUAAACACAUCUAUAUUAUAAGAGCUUACAACACCGAAUACAUGAAAUAAACAAGUCAAAAGAAAAAAUAACCUUUAAGCGUUGAUAAUCAGGUUAAUGCCGUAGAUACAUAUAUUUUAAUGUUUUGUUACAAGAAUACUGUAAAUGUAGAAGAUGAGUCCUUAAAAUAUGUUUGUAACUCCUUGUAUAGUAUGGAGAUUUGAAAAUUUCCAAUAAAAGAUUUAAUAUCUUGCAAAAUUGAAAAAUACUAAUACUUGUGCAUUUAAAAUAUUAUUUUGUACAGGAAGCAAUAGAUGCUAAUAAAAUGGAUUCAGAUGAAGCAAUUGUGUGUGCAAUGUUUGCAACAAUACUUGGUUUAGCUUAUUAUGCUGCAAACGCAGCACCAAAGAUAUCUAGAAGAAAACGUCAUUGGGGUGUACGUCCAAUAAAUAGGAAGAGAAUAACCAAAGGUCACUUUCAUAAUUUAUUUUAUGAUAUGAAAAAAGUUGACAAAGAACACUUUUUAAAAUACACAAGAAUGUCACCCGAAUGUUUCUACUUUUUACUGAAUCUUAUUGAACAUAAAUUAGUGAAACGCAGCAUGCGACAAACGAUAAGUCCUGAACACAGACUUGUUAUUACAUUAUUUUAUCUGGCACAAGGCUGCAAUAUGCAGGUAGUAGCAUGGUCGUUUUUGAUAGGAAAAACAACAGUGUCUGUAAUCGUACGUGAAACUUGUGCAGCCAUUUGGGAAGUUCUUUCUCCAAUUUAUUUGAAAACGCCAACAACUGAAGAUUUACUAAACAAGAGUAAAAGAUUUUAUGAACAGUGGAACCUUCCUAACUGUUGUGGUGCUAUAGAUGGGAAACAUAUAGUUAUUCAGGUUCCGAAUAAAUCUGGAAGUGCCUAUUUUAAUUAUAAAAAAACUUUUAGCAUUAUAUUAAUGGCUGUUUGUGACGCUGAUUACAUAUUUACAUUUGUGGACAUUGGAGCAUUUGGUUCACAAAGUGAUGGAGGUGUUUUUAAAGAGUCAACCUUUGGACGAGCACUGGAAUCUGGUACAAUAAAGUUACCAGCAGACUCGCCAUUGCCAAAUACAAAUAGUAUGUUUCCAUAUUAUUUUGUAGGAGAUGAAGCUUUUCCGUUAAAAUCUUAUAUUAUUCUGAGACCCUAUCCUGGAAAGAAUUUAGAUGUUCAGAAAAGAAUUUUUAAUUAUCGGUUGUCAAGAGCACGGCGAACAAUAGAAAAUGCAUUUGGCAUUCUAUCAUCAAGGUGGCGAAUAUUGCGAAAUAAUAUUAUAGCUAAUGUGGAAACUGUAGAGAAAAUUGUUGCAGCAACAGUGUGUCUACACAACUUUUUACGUAUUUUUGAACAAGAAGUUCCUACGCACGAAAGAGUGUAUUGUCCUUCAUCUUUUAUCGACAAUGUUCAUUCUGAUGGAAGCAUUACACCAGGCUU